CAGACACCAGCAUCAUGAGCAGCAGCGACCACGACGAACCACCGCAAGCAUCGCGUCCAUCGGAUGGCCGACCCGAGCGCGUGCGUCCCCGGCGCUUGGAGCCGGACACGCUCGCGUAUCUCCAGGAAGUGAACGCGUCGUUCCUUGAAAACCUCAAGGACGGCGACGUCGAAACCAGUCGCAUGCUGCUGUGGAACGUGCUCGAGGAAAUCGCGCCGCGCGUAGCGAGUGCCGCGUCCGACCGCCACGCGUGCGAGUUCAUCGAAGUGCUGGUGGACCACAUGUCGGCGCAGCAGCUGCGCUUCUUCCUACACAAGAUGGAGGGGUACUUCAGCCACUUGUGGACCAACCGGUACUCGUCCCACGUGCUACAGCGCCUGCUGUCCAAGGUCGGCACCAUCGUCGGCAACGAAGUCAAGGGCGAGGCAGACGACGACGACGAUCCCGACCGCGCGGCGGACGUGCCGCCCAUGUCGUCGCUGAUCGUGGCCAUGUGCUCGGAGGUGCAGGCCGAGUGGCUGACCCUGAUCAACGACGUCAGUGCCAGCCAUGUCAUGCGCGCCGUCUUCUGCGCUCUGGCGGGCCGGGCGCCAGUGCUCGAGAAGCGCGGCAAGAAGGGCAAACACAAGGCCCUGCAGUUCCAAUCAGCCCAAACCACCGCCGAGAGUACUAGCGUGCCCCGAGAGUUCGAGGAUACAUUGUCUGAGAUGCUGGAGCUGGUGCUGGGCAGCUCGGACGGGAGGCUCGUGGAGCUCAUGUCGGACGCCCACGCCGGCCCGGUGCUGUCGAUGGCCGUGCGCGUGGCGCCGUCCGCCGUGCAGUCCAAAGUCAUCUUCAAACUGCUCAAGUGGAACGACCCAGAGCGCAGCAGCCAGCGCUUCUACGACUUUGCAGCCGAUUCGGUCGCGAGCCACUUUCUCGAGGCUGUGUGCCACUCGUGCGACGAAGACGUGUGGGCAGCUAUUUUUGAGCGGUGUCUUCAGGGCCGGUUGCUCGAGUUUUCCGAGCAUCCGAUCUCGAAUUUCGUCGUCCAGAACUUUAUCCAGCGCACGCCGACCUCGGAUUUGGCAGAGACCGUGCUGGACGAAUUGCAAGGCGCGCUGUGGAGCCUGUUGUCCUCGCAUCGCGCGGGGGUGAUCUGGCGCCUCGCUGAACUGUGCGAACGCUUCAAAUUGCGGGAAAAGAGCUUUUUCCUGGCGCUGGUAGCCGCGAUUGAAAAGUUGGAGGCCGCGAAACCCGAAGUGGCGCGGCGGGACGUCGUGUCGGCGCUCAUCGGGCUCCAGCUGUCCAAUAACCAGAACUCGCGGUUGACGUUGAAUGUGCCCGGGGCGCGCAUCGUCGAAACACUGCUUAAGUUCCCCGGCGAUGUGUCGGUGCCGUUGGUGCAAAGUAUCCUCAAGCUCAACUCACUGCAGUUGGUCGCAUUGGCCAAGGAUUCCACAGGAAGCCGAUGUCUUGUAGAACCGAUUUGGGCCAGCGACAACCAAGACGCUAAGCUGGCCUUGUUUGAAAAGCUCCAGGGCCAGUUUGGAUCACUCGUGCUGGACCGCAACGGGUCUUUUACUGUGCUCAAGUGCUUUGACGUGGUGUCUGUCGCUGAAAAGGUUAUAUAUAUAAAUAUAUAUAUAUUUCUGAUAUCCGUUAGACUGCGAUUGCCGAGGAAUUAUCCGCCGUGGAUGGAAAGUUGGCGGGUAGUCACUUUGCGUCGAUGGUGCUCACGCAUUGCAACGUGCACGAGUUCAAGUCGAACCGCGAAAAGUGGCUGUCGUCGCAUGAGCGAAAAAAGAAGGUCAAAGAAUUGUUUUCCGACUUUAUGGACGACCAAGCGCCAAAGAAGAAGCGCAAGCACGACAAAAAAGAUGGAAAAAAGUCAAAAAAAAAAGCAAAAGCCGACGAAUAAACUGUGGGCAAUGUACUCUUCAGUAUCUAGUAAUAGUUCUGAUUCUCGAGUUUCAGCUAAACCAUUGCUACAGUAGUACAUAAAUAACGAUACCAGACAUCCCUUUGGGGUUUUUAGACGA